GCAUAUAUAAAGGGUUGGAACCUUACUUCAUCUUUGCCUUCAAAACCCAUUUAAUUUGUUUUCUCUGUCACCUCUGUAGACUACUCUAGACAAGAUGAUGCGUCCCCCUGAGCAAGAGCUUGGAAUCAGUACUAAUGCGUCUAACAAUAAUGUCCCCGCUGUGAAUCGCAGCUCGGACAAUAUCAUGGGCAUGCCACGCUCUGAGCUGCCUGCUUUGUCCAGUAACGUCAGCCCGUCUUUGGAGGAUCAGAUGCCUGAGCAGCUGCAGGCAGCCAUGGGCGGCCAGUGCUCACUACUACGUGGGUCGUUGCGCCCUAUCACCCUCAAGUUUGAAGACGUGAGUUACAGUAUAAAGAUUAAAAAGUCCGGCGGAUGUUGGUUUUCUGCACCGGAACCCAAGCCUUCUGAGCGCACCAUACUCAACGGCGUUACUGGGGUUGUCCAACCGGGCGACCUCCUAGCAAUGCUCGGCCCAUCUGGCAGCGGGAAAACGACGCUCUUGACGGCCCUGGCAGGCAGGCUUCCAGGGAAGUUCUCCGGCAGCAUCACCUACAAUGGGCAUACCUUCUCUGGCUCCAUAAAGCGCAAGAUCGGGUUUGUGUCACAAGAUGACGUACUGUAUCCCCACCUCACCGUACUAGAAACGCUAACCUACGCCGCUUUGUUGAGGUUACCCAACAAACUUACAAGAGAAGAGAAGGUUGAGCAGGCUGAGCUAGUCAUCGUGGAACUUGGAUUAACCAGAUGUCGUAACAGUGUCGUGGGUGGACCGCUUUUGCGUGGCGUAUCGGGUGGUGAGCGCAAGCGGGUCAGUAUCGGGCAGGAGAUGCUGGUGAACCCGAGUCUGUUGUUGCUGGAUGAACCCACGUCGGGGCUCGACUCCACCACCGCUCAGCGUAUCGUGACAACAUUGCAAGGGCUCGCAAGAAGCGGAAGAACGGUGGUGGCGACGAUACAUCAGCCAUCGAGUCGGCUGUACCGGAUGUUCGAUAAGCUGGUGGUGUUAUCGGAUGGGUGCCCGAUAUACAGCGGCAGCGCGUCUCGGGCACUCGAAUAUUUCGUUUCUAUUGGUUACAUGCCGGGGGUUAAUCUCGUCAAUCCAGCUGAUUUUCUGCUAGAUCUAGCCACUGGCGUGGCUCCUGAAACAAGGCAACGUGAUCAACAGAAUAAUCAUGGCCAGUUGGAACAUGAGGAUCAGAGUUCUAUGAAGCAGCAUCUGAUAUCAUCAUACAAAAGGAAUCUAUACAAUGUAUUAAAGGCUGAGCUGUGCCAAACUCCUCAGGCUCCAGAAGCUUUUGUUGCAGGGAAAACAUCCUCCCGGUGUCCUGAGGAACAGUGGAUGACGAGUUGGUGGGAGCAAUUCAGGGUGCUGUUGAGUAGAAGUCUGAAGGAGAGAAAACAUGAAUCCUACUCGGGGCUGAGGAUUUUUCAGGUCAUGUCCGUUUCAAUUCUUUCGGGUCUGCUGUGGUGGCAUUCUGAUAUCUCACACGUUCAGGAUCAGGUGGGACUCCUGUUCUUCUUUUCCAUAUUUUGGGGUUUCUUUCCCAUGUUCAAUGCCAUAUUCACUUUCCCUCAAGAGCGACCGAUGCUGAUCAAGGAACGCUCCUCGGGAAUGUACCGUUUAUCAUCCUACUACUUUGCGCGAAUGGCUGGGGAUUUACCAAUGGAGCUUGUGCUCCCAACCAUCUUUGUUGCUGUGACAUACUGGAUGGGUGGUCUCAGGCCUUCCCCUGUCAACUUUAUGCUAACCCUCUUAAUAAUUCUUUACAAUGUGCUAGUUUCUCAAGGACUAGGCCUUGCCCUUGGGGCCAUUGUAAUGGAAGUGAAGCAGGCAACAACCUUAGCUUCAGUUACUAUGCUUGUGUUCCUCCUAGCUGGUGGGUAUUACAUUCAACACAUUCCACCAUUCAUAGCUUGGUUGAAGUAUUCUUCCUUUAGCCACUACUGUUACAAGCUUCUAGUCGGAGCACAAUACACAGAAGAUGAUUACUACAACUGUGGAACCGGGGUCCAUUGCAAGAUAAUGGACUUUCCUUCUGUAAAGAGUUUAGGUCUUGAUAACAAGAGACUGGAUGUGGCUGCUCUAACAGUGAUGCUGGUGGGAUAUAGGCUUAUGGCUUAUGUAGCCCUGAGAAUUGGACAACCUCAUUGAUCAUGAUAACCAGGAUAAGGGACUGAAGGUGAACUUGAUGCUACCGAAAAUGAAACAAAAUGUUCCAAAAAAUUGACUAGAAUGUCAUGAGUUCUAAGGCUGAGUGAGAUUCAUGUUCAUGGAAGCUGACAAAUCAUGACAAACAUAAUUUCUAUCAAGUUGGGAAAAAUAUGUUUUGUGAUGUUGCCUUUAAUGUCAUUUAAGAUCUGUUUUGGGACUCUUCUUUCUUCCUUAAGCCUCUUUAUUGAUGUCA